ACUGAAAAGGAAAAAAACCCUUGCACACUAUUAUCGUUAUCACAUUCAUCAUAAACUGUUUGGUUUGCCCCCUUCUCUGCCUGGUUUGGGGUUCUACACCUUGCUGUUAGACGGGUUCAUCUAAACCAUAUUUGGUUGACUUUCAAGCUGUUAUUCGUCAACAAAUGUCUUAGAUCUCUGGAGAAACACUAUCCAGUUUUUCAUAACUUCCAAUCAAGAGACGUCAAAUUGGCGGAAUCGCGUGUAAAUCCAGGUUACGGUAACAACGACCUACAAGGUUAGUUGGCAAUGGCCGACAAAGACCUGGAAAAUCAGCCCUCGGCGGCUCAGGGGCCGUCGCCAGAACAACCCGGAGAUGAGUCUACCACCUCAGAAAGGACCACAAGACCACCAUCUUCAAACUCCACUGUCACGGCAAGCCACGAGGAACAACGCGAAAUAGCUAGGCAAAAUAACCCCAAUGGCUUCUCACUCACCCACGGCGUUUCAGUUGAGCAGGCCGAGGCGGAUUUCGCUGAUCUCCAGAGAUCUCUCUCUAGAGCAAGUCAUCAUAGCCGUCAGAGCCAUAAGCGAGUAUCGGUUGACGAGAAAGGGGUUGAGACCUCUCUCGAAGCUGCUACAUCCGAAGACUCGGCCUCUAUUUUCGAUCUAGAAACGACUUUGCGAGGCGGUCUGGACGCGGAAAGAGACGCAGGAAUCAAGCCAAAGCACAUUGGCGUGUACUGGGAUGGGUUGACGGUCAAGGGUAUAGGCGGCACUGCCAACUUCGUUAAAACAUUUCCUGAUGCCUUUGUGGAUUUCUUCGACUACUGGACACCGUUGAUGAAGAUACUUGGCUUGGACAAGAAGGGAGCCGAGGUCACCCUGUUGGAUAACUUCAAGGGCGUUGUCAAUCCUGGCGAAAUGGUUCUUGUCUUGGGAAAGCCAGGAUCUGGAUGCACGACUUUCCUGAAAUCGAUUGCAAACCAGCGGUGGGGAUAUACCGCUGUGGAGGGUGAUGUUCUUUACGGUCCCUUCACUGCUAAGGAGUUCAACCAGUAUCGUGGCGAGGCAGUCUACAACCAGGAAGACGAUACUCACCACGCUACUCUCACGGUCGAGCAAACACUUGGGUUUGCGCUCGAUGUAAAAGUCUCUAAAAAGCUACCAGCAGGCACCACGAAAAACAAGUUCAAGGACGAUGUAAUUUCCAUGCUUCUUAAGAUGUUCAACAUCGAACACACACGAAAGACUGUGGUAGGCGAUGCGAUAGUCCGUGGUGUCUCAGGCGGUGAGAGAAAGCGCGUUUCCAUUGCCGAGAUGAUGAUCACGAAUGCCUGUAUUUUGUCAUGGGAUAACAGUACUCGGGGUCUCGACGCUAGUACCGCUCUUGACUUCAUCAAGUCACUUCGAAUUCAGACCAACCUUUACAAGACGUCCACAUUCGUUUCGCUCUACCAAGCUUCUGAGAACAUAUACAAGCAAUUUGAUAAAGUUUUGGUCAUCGAUGCCGGAAAACAGGUGUAUUUCGGGCCUACUUCUGAGGCAAGAGGAUACUUCGAAGGCCUCGGCUUUCUCCCGCGCCCCCGACAAACCACCCCCGACUAUGUUACCGGCUGCACCGACGAAUUCGAGCGCGAAUACUCGCCUGGGUUCUCGCCCGAAAAUGCGCCGCAUAGUCCCGAAACAUUGACUGAUGCUUUCGAAAAGUCCCGGCUUGCCGAAAAACUGAAUGCUGAUAUGGUUGAAUACAAGACUAGGUUGGAGCACGAGCACGAGAUUGCCCGCCAUGACGACUUCCGCGUUGCGGUGCACGAGAGCAAGCGGGGUGGUGCUAAGCAUUCGGUUUACAGCGUUGGAUUUCACCUACAGGUCUGGGCCUUGAUGAAGCGUCAGUUUGCCCUGAAGCUUCAGGAUAGGCUUGGCCAGUCACUUUCUUGGGCUCGCAGCAUCGUUAUCGCCAUCGUACUAGGAACUCUGUAUUUGAACUUGGGAACCACCUCCGCCAGCGCAUUCAGCAAGGGCGGUCUCCUAUUCAUCUCUCUCCUGUUCAACGCCUUCCAAGCCUUUUCUGAGUUGGGCUCGACUAUGACUGGUCGGCCGAUCGUGAAUAAGCACAAGGCCUACGCAUUUCAUCGACCCUCAGCCUUAUGGAUAGCCCAGAUAUUUGUCGACAUGACCUUCUCUGCUGUACAGAUCUUGGUGUUCUCGAUUAUCGUCUACUUUAUGACUGGCUUGACAAGGACCCCAGGUGCCUUCUUCACGUUCUAUCUGUUGAUCUUGUCCGGAAAUGUUGCCAUGACCCUUUACUUCCGUAUUAUUGGUUGCCUUAGCCCGGAUUUCGACUACGCUAUCAAGUUUGCCGUCGUGACAGUUACUCUGUUCAUCCUGACAUCUGGGUAUCUCAUUCAAUAUCAGUCUCAGCAGGUUUGGCUACGAUGGAUCUUUUGGAUCAAUGCGUUGGGUCUGUCUUUUGCUAGUCUCAUGGCGAACGAAUUUGGUGGUAGCAAAAUGCGAUGCUCUGACGAGUCUCUCAUCCCCUCCGGACCUACCUAUGGAAAUGUCAGUCAUCAAGUCUGCACGCUAGCUGGUUCCACCCCCGGAUCUCUCGAAGUAGAUGGCUCUGCCUACAUCACGCAAGGAUUUUCCUACGCCCCGGAAGAUCUAUGGAGGAACUUUGGAAUCAUCAUGGGCAUUAUUAUCUUUUUCCUGAUCAUGAAUGUUGUGUUGGGAGAAUUCGUCAAGUACGGUAUGGGCGGCAACCAGGCCAAGGUCUUUGCCAAGCCCAGUGCUGAGCGCACAGCGCUAAACGACGCUCUCAACCACAAACGACUGGAACGCCAAAAGUCAAAGCAAGAUGGUGAAGGAUCUUCGUUGAAGAUUGAGUCUGAGAGUGUCUUGACCUGGGAAGACCUUAACUACGAUGUGCCUGUCACCGGCGGUACUCGUCGCCUGCUUAAUAGCGUGUACGGUUACUGCAAACCUGGCCAGCUCACUGCUCUAAUGGGCGCUUCCGGAGCUGGAAAGACCACCCUUCUGGAUGUUUUGGCGUCAAGAAAGAGCAUUGGUGUGAUCGGCGGCGACGUCCUUGUUGAUGGUGCUAAACCUGGCAAGGAGUUCCAGCGAUCGACCUCAUACGCGGAACAACUCGACAUGCAUGAUCCUACGCAGACCGUUCGCGAAGCCCUUCGAUUCUCCGCCGAUUUACGUCAGCCCUUUGAAACUCCACGGGAAGAGAAAUACGCCUACGUCGAAGAAAUUAUCGCCCUCUUGGAAAUGGAAUAUAUUGCAGACUGCAUCAUCGGCACUCCCGAAGCUGGCCUCACGGUCGAGCAACGUAAGCGGGUGACUAUUGGCGUUGAACUAGCAGCUAAGCCUCAACUUUUGCUAUUUUUGGACGAACCUACCUCUGGUCUCGACAGUCAGAGUGCAUUCAAUAUUGUGCGUUUCUUGAAAAAGCUCGCUGCCGCUGGACAGGCUAUUCUCUGCACGAUCCAUCAGCCCAACGCCGCUCUAUUCGAGAAUUUCGACCGACUUCUUCUGCUGCAGAGGGGAGGCCGCUGCGUGUACUUUGGCGAUAUCGGGAAGGACGCGACUGUUCUCCGCGACUAUCUAGCUCGCCAUGGUGCUGUAGCAGGCCCCUCUGAUAACAUUGCCGAAUUCAUGCUGGAGGCGGUCGGUGCCGGAAGUACUCCUCGCGUGGGAAAUCGAGACUGGGCCGACAUCUGGAACGAUAGUCCGGAACUUGCUAACGUCAAGGACACUAUCUCUCAGUUCAAGGAAUCUCGCAAAGAGGCUGCUGCUCAAACCGACCUUUCGUUACAACGCGAGUACGCAUCGCCUCUGCGACAUCAAUUAAGCGUGGUUGUCCGCCGCACUAAUAUCUCGUUCUGGCGCUCGCCAAACUACCUCUUUACGCGUUUAUUCAAUCACGUCGUGAUUGGCAUUCUCACUGGUCUGACCUACCUUCAACUCGAUGACUCGCGGUCCUCGUUGCAAAACAAAGUCUUUGUCAUGUUCCAGAUCACCGUUCUGCCUGCGUUGCUCAUGCCUCAGGUCGAGCUCAUGUACAUCAUCAAGCGAGCGAUCUUCUUCCGUGAGCAGUCGAGCAAGAUGUAUAGCGCAUUCACUUUUACCACGGCUAUGGUUGUUGCGGAAAUCCCGUACUCAAUCCUCUGCUCCGUAGUCUUCUUCAUCCCGCUCUACUACAUCCCAGGGUUCCAGUACGAGUCAUCCCGUGCCGGGUACCAGUACUUCAUGGUGCUGGUGACGGAGUUCUUCGCCGUCACGCUCGGCCAAGUGCUCGCCUCCAUCUCGCCGUCCGCCUUCGUCUCCAGCCAAUUCGACCCCUUCAUCGUCAUCACCUUCGCGCUCUUCUGCGGCGUCACGAUCCCCGCCCCGCAGAUGCCCGGCUUCUGGCGCGCCUGGCUCUACCAGCUCGACCCCUUCACCCGCCUCAUCGGCGGCACCGUCACCACUGCACUCGACAGCCUGCAGGUGAACUGCCAGGCGGGCGAGCUGAACACAUUCACGGCGCCUGACGGCCAGAACUGCGGCGAGUACAUGGCCACAUUCUUGGAGACGGGCGCGGGCUAUAUCGUGGACAACACGACCAGCGUGUGCCAGUACUGCGCCUACAAGGUGGGCAACCAGUUCUACGAGCCCCUGGGAUUCAAGUUUGAUAACCGGUGGAGAGACCUGGGAAUUUUCAUGUCUUUUGUUGGUAGCAAUUUGAUUAUCUUGUUCCUUGCGAGCCGUUUCUUCAACUUCAACCGACGAUGAUUGGUUAUGUACGAAAGUGAAAGUGGAUAUGAGAGAUGUAGACAGAUGUGGUAGUUAUGGAUUGGUUAUAUAUCAUGGCUGAUUGAGUGUGGAUGGAUGAUUGGGAGAUGAUGAUGCGCACAUAAGUGCCUACCUGUUCAUUAGAGCUUCAGGAGAACAAUAAAAAAGCGUCGGGGUCUUUUUUUUAAAAAUUUUUUAUCAAGCGGUUUCGGAAGCGAAAAUACAUCUGUAACCUAGAAAUAUAUACACCAGAGAGAGGAGUGUUGUGCUCCUGGACUAAAGCAUGUUACUCCUUAAAGGAGAUAUAAAUUUUUUGCACACUUACACAUAU